UGUUCUCGCCUUUGACGCUGAGGGUCGGGCCAUUGACUUUGAGGUCUGGGUUGAUGACCUGCAGCUGUUCUUACAGUGCGAUAGGGCAGACGGCUUCUCUCUCUUUGACCUCACCUCUGGCGCCUCCACUGCCCCUGCUGCUGAUGCUGACGCCACUGUUCGCUCCCAGUGGGCCACGCGCGACGCUGCUGCACGUCUUGCUGUGCGUCGCCACCUCCCUACCUCCGAGCGUGCGCACUUUAGUCUGUACAAGAGUGCUCAGACCUUGUACGACGCUGUAGUUGCGCGCUACUCCUCCCCUGCCACUGCUGCACUGAGCCGUCUCAUGCUACCGUACCUCUUUCCUGACCUUGCUGCCUUUCCCACAGUUGCUGACCUCAUUACGCACCUCCGCACUAGUGACACUCGCUACCGCGCUGCACUCCCUCCUGACUUCUGCGCCAAGAACCCCCCCCCCAUGUACAUCACUCUUUACUACAUAGUCACUCGCCUUCCUGACUCCCUUCGCGUAGUCAGGGACCACUUUCUCUCUGUCUGUCCCACCACUCUCACUGUUGACCUCCUCGAGAAGUCCCUCCUAGCGGCCGAGAAGAGCAUAGUCGCUGUAGGGGCCUCUCGUGGUGACCCGCGCACCCCCAUCUUUGAGGGGUGUUCCCCCUCCCCCCUUCUGCCCUCUGUUGCCUCUGCUGCUGCGGCCGACCUCCUUGGUCUUGAGUCGGUCGGUGCGGCGUCUGCCCCUAGCGGGAGACGCCGCUCUGGCAAGGGCAAGGGGGGCAAGGGCGCUGGAGGAGCGAGCGGGGGCGGUGGAGGUGGAGGUGGCGGCAGUUGGGGGAGUGGGGGUGGCGGUGGGAGUGGAGGUGGGGGUGGAGGGGUCGGUGGCGGCAGUGGAGGUGGAGGUGGCGGCGGCGGUGGCGGUGGGAGCGGAGGUGGCGGAGGUGGCGGAGGUGGAGGCGGCGGCGGAGGCGGAGGCGGCGGCAGUAGCGGAGGCGGCGGAGGCGUCGGAGGCGGCGGGGGUGGCGGUGGUGCUGGUCGCGGGUCUUCGCAGAGGAGUGGCUCCGGUGGUGGCUCGCGCUAG